UUGUUUUCAUUCACUCAUUCUUUCGUCGUGAGUCUAUGCUCGCGUUGGUUUUGAAAAAUAAGUGCCGCUUUUGAGAAAUUGGAGAUUCCUUUGAUAUAAACUCUCAUAAUUGACUUAAGAUUUAGUGCCCAAAAUACAAAGAAUGUACAUUUUGUUUAUAAGUAAUAAUCAAACUGUUUCGUAUUGCUAUUGUUUUUGAUAACGCGAAGCGGCGCGGUCGAAGUUGAGUUCAAAAUGGCGGCAGGCGUGCUGCGCUAGAUCGCGUCAUUUAUAGAAGUGGUGUAUGUGUGUUAAAAUGGCUAAAAAUAGAGAACUUGCAUUGAAGUAGUGCAUAAAUUGAUAUGCAAGAUGUCAAAUACAGUGAUAACUAAUUAUACGGACUUAAAUGGACCUUCUACAAAAGCGGACAGUUCUGUCGUUGUUAUUGUAAACAAGGAUGGAUCGCUAUCAGUUGAUCAGAAUUUACUUGGAACUCUUAUGGGGACUGAUGGAACACAAGCAGCUGGAAUAAGUGUGGUCAGAGUUGGUCAUGAAGGCAGACCAGAUGAUGCUACAGACUCUGAGACAGAAGAUGAUAAAGUACCUCAUGUUACACUCUCAGUAGAUAGUUAUUAUGAUGAACCAAACAGCAUUAUUAAAUAUGAUAGUGGGGCCGAAAUGCUGCAAUCUUUAAGAAUUGAGACUAGAGAAAACAGCCUUGUUGGAUUUCAAAAUGAUCACUGCUACACAACCCUUACAUCACCAAUUGAAGCAUUGCCAAAAAGUAAUGACAAAUUUGCUGGAUAUGAUGAACCACAAAUUGAGAUAUCCCAUACACCACCUCCAAAACCAGUUCCCAGUUCUAAAAAGAUCACUAUACUUGAGCAGCAAAUCAUUCCAAAAGGUAAAAAGAUUCUCAUCAAUCCCACAGAGGCACCAAUAAUUUUAAAAGGAAAUGAUGUAUUGAACAAGCCACUAACAGUAUUGCCCAAAAUUAAAAAAUCUGGAGAUAGUGGAAAGGUCUCAAAUAUUCAUAAGAAAUCUGAAGAAAGUGGUGAAUCAUCUUCAUCAGUAAGUUCUUCAGGAGAUAGUAUUCCAGAUAGAGACUCGGAUUCUGAUUACAAAGAUACCAGAGAUCGAACUGGUUCUUUGAAAGUUAAAAAGAGUAAAUUAAAGCCCAGGAUCUUAAAAUCUACUACUCCCAAAAUAAGCAAAGAACAUAAGAUAAUCUCCAGACACAAGCCUAACAAAACUCUCCUAAAACGUGAUAUUAAAGAGAAAGUUCAAUUAAAGAUUGCUUCUGAAAAGAAACAACAUGAAGUGGAUUUGGAAAGCUUAAUACCAAGUUCGGAAAUAUCCUUAGUUGUACCACCACCCACCCCUGAACUUAAAACAAGUUCUAAACAAACUCCAAAAGUUUCAAAAAGGGAAAAGAAGACACCUGCACAUGUCACUGCUCUUUUAUCUGACAUGACUUCACUUUUCUCUACCCCUGAUGUUAUAAGGAGAGUUUCAACUGACAACAAGGGACCUACAAAACCCGAGAGGGAGGUUCCAGUUCCUUCCAGUGAAAUUAAAAAAGUAGCUCCAAGUGUUACCCAAGAAGGAAAUGAAGUAAGAGUUGUAGAAAGGAUGCAGAUAGAUAAUGAAGACAAACAGAAAAUACUGUUGACACAUAAAACUUAUGCCAAACAAAAAGAUAAAAUUAUUAACCCUGCAGAAAAAGUUAAAGCUUAUGAACUUAUACCACAACUAGAUGAUGCCAGUUUGGCACAAAUACUCCAAGAUACAACCAGUGUAGCAAAUCAACCAGUUAAAGUUCAACCAAGCAUAACUACCAGUAAUGCUAUGAAUAGUCCUGGUUUGGCUGGUCCCUUGUCACCGACUUUGGAUUUGCUUGGUGGUUUACAACCAGAGGAAGAAGGUUUAACAGAAGACUUAUUAAUGCAUGUAGCACAGUUGGUGGAGAGUUCAGAAAACCUGCAGGAAGUUAUUGACAAACAAGUUUUAGGGAAAGUUGAUACAACACCUAAAACUGUCCAGUCACCAUUUCAACAUGCACAAACAACACCUAAUGCUUUUGGCCAAUCUUCACAAAAAGUAGUAAAGAAUAUUGCUGUCCGCAAGGAUCCAAUUGAGAUAGUGCGGCGUGAUGGACGAGUUAUUACGUUGCCGCCUAUAGAAGCGCCGGCAACAAGGUCUUCGAAGCGCAAGAGCCAGAUGGAGACAUCCAGCAAUGUAGAUAUUCCAACACCAACACCAAUUCCUGUCCCAGUUCCUGUGGCUGUAGUUCCAGAUCCUCCUGUGAUUUCAGCUUCCAAGCAAUAUAUAAAUAAGAAGCUUGCAACUAAAAAGCAGGAACAAGUGGUACAACAACAACAACAACCACCUCCAACUCCUCCAUUUGUUGAAAAAAUAUCUGCUGAAUCUCAAGAAAGUUGGAACUCUGAAGAUGAUCCUUACAGGUUAUGGUGUAUUUGUAAACAACCACACAAUAACCGUUUUAUGAUAUGUUGUGAUAGCUGUGAGGACUGGUUCCAUGGUAAGUGUGUGAACAUUACGAAAGCCAUGGGUCAACAAAUGGAAGAGCAAGGUAUUGAAUGGCGAUGUCCGAAUUGCAUAAAGAAGACAAAACCAUCCCCUAAAACACCUGCUAAAGUAUUAACACAAAAGAAAACUGAAGUUGAGGGAACUCCAACAACAUCAAAUGUUAAUAAAACACCAUCUUCUAAGACUGGGUGUAUUGUGUGCAAGAAACAUGCUCGUGUGAGUAGCAUAUAUUGUAGCGAUGCUUGCAUACUGAAACAUGCACAGGAUUCUUUGACUAACCAGUCUCCUAUCAAAGCAGAUGUCAAUAAAGGACAAGAUAAGAAAUCAGAAUCAAGAGUCAUUGUGUAUGAACGUAAAUCGGGAAGAUUAUUGGCUGGACCAAAUGCGCCAACAGCUGAGAACUUAAAAGCAUGGCUCCAGAAAAAUCCAACGUUUGAGGUUGUGCGUCCAGGUACUCUAAGCACCAUCAAACCUAAUAUUAAUAAAAAGAAGUCUUUGUUGGAUACAAAUAAAAUUCAAACUACACUUAACUUUGAGAGGAUUCCUAAAAAAACAGAUCAGCAGACACCUGCAAAGGCUCAUCAAUUAGAAAUCAAGGAUAAAACACCUAAAGUUCUCCCAUCACCCAAGGAAGAAAAGUCAUUCAAAAUAACGCCUUCUCCGAGGGAAGAAAGACUCUCUAAGAUAAUGUCAUCACCAAGAGAGGAAGUUAAAAUUUUGCCUAAAACACCAUCAACACCCAAAUCUCAACACUCGCAAUUGAUUGAAACUCCAAAAGCGAGUACAUCUUUUGCUAAAAGUACAAGUGAACCGCGGAAAUUAGCUCGGACUACAAGUAGAUCACAAUCAACAUAUGAAAAGGCCCCUGCAGUUUCGCCAUCAACGUCGCGCAGGAAAGACACACACAUAACUAAAAAGAUGGAAUCAUCUGAACCAAUACGGGAAAAUGUUAGAAAAGCUCUCCAAGAACAAAUGGUAGCACGAAUGGCAGAACAUGACGGACCUAAGUUUUCUGAAGACGAAAUACUGCAGUUCGUUUACGACACGGAAGAUGAAUUGUACGAGUUGUUUAGCCGAGAUGUGGGAAUGAAGUACAAGGCCAAAUAUAGGUCACUAAUGUUCAAUAUCAAGGAUCGCAAAAAUCUUUCAUUGUGGCAGAAGAUCUGCGAUCAUAGUAUUACUCCGAAACAAUUGGUGCGACUAUCACCAGAAGAAUUGGCGAGUCAAGAAUUGGCUGAAUGGAGAGAUCAAGAAGCUAAACAUCAAUUGGAGUUGAUAAAAAAAUCCGAAAUUGAUCUUUUGGCUGCCAGCAAGACAUAUGUUUUGAAGACACACAAAGGAGAAGAGGUUAUGGAAACAAAAGAAUCAGUAUCAACAGAACUGGAUCCAAAUGUACCAGUUGAAGAUUUAGUUACAGCUCUGAAUGACCAAACUGUCGGCGAUGUUCCUCCUCCAGAAGACAUUAUCCCUGGAACUCCUGCAAUUGAAAAGGAAAGUUCUGAAAAGAAACACAGUAGAAAAAAGCGAGGCCGUGACGAUGGCAGUUCCGGUCACAGCAAAAAGAACAAGAAGGAGUCAAAACGCAGUUCUGAAAGACGAAAAUCUAAAUCGACAAGGAGAGAAUCUGAAAAGGAAAGGGACACUCGCGAUGAGAAAUCAACGCGCCGAUCAAGUAGGAGGUCAAGUAGAACGAAAUCGGUGUCUAAUAAGGAGACGUCUAGUACGGAACCCAAAGAAAAAGCUGAUUCUAGAGAGCGCUCUAGGCAUAGAUCGCGAUCGAGAACGAAAACCAAAAAGAGAUCAAAAUCGCGAGAAUCUUCUAGGUCAGCGUCGAAAGGACGAGAGCGAUCACGCUCGAGGAAGAGAUCCACCUCAAGAGAAAGCCCUAAAAGAAGGCGAAGCUCGCGAUCCAAACAUUCUAGCAGUACAGAAGAAAAAGUUAAACAACACAGGUCUAGGUCCCAAGAAAAUGUCUCUAGCAAGACUAAGAAUGAUUCUACAGAUUCAGACUCAGUGGAGAGGCCAAAAUCGGCAAUGUUAAAAGAAGCCCAUCCUGAGUAUGAUCCUCAUGAACCGAUGAUAACUUCAGCAUUUUCUGAAGAAGACUUGCGGAAGUCGAGGGAGGACGUAUUUGAGGAUAGCUAUAAAAAUGACAUAAAUGACUAUGGUACUACAGACUAUGAUUCAGCAAAAACAUUUUCGUUGAAUACAAAUAUAAUUAUCCCUACACCAGUCAAACCAGAUCGGAUCUCAGUGGAAGCAGAGAGUGACCAAGAGCCCAGCAGCACUGUCGAACAUUCCUCUGCUAUAAUUUGGAAUGGAUGCAUCAACAUGGUUGACGUAGCACGGUUCUAUGUCGCUGCUCACGAGGUUUCGGGAAGUGCUGCAGAUUUAGAGGAUGAUUUAAGUACAGAAUUAGAUAUAGUUGGAAGAAUAAAUCCCGACACAGUGUGGGACUAUAUCGGCAAAAUGAAAAGGGCCAGCAACAAAGAUAUUGUUAUAUUAAAAUUGCAAGCAGCCAAUGAUGAAGAGAAAAUGCAAUAUAUAGCUUUGUAUAGCUAUCUUAGUAGUCGUAAUAGAUUGGGAGUCGUGAAGGUAUCCAAUACAACAUCAGUCAAAGAUUUUUACAUAGUCCCCCUGUCAGCAAAUACCACUUUGCCCCCUGUGCUUCUACCACUUGAUGGACCUGGUCUUGGAGAAGUUAAAACCCACCUUCUGAUUGCUAUAGUCAUUCGACAAAGAAAAAAACGAAUGGCCCCUCACAUUCCUAAAGAUAUAAUUCCAGCAAAGGUUGCGCGUGAGUCACGCAAGCGAUCGUACACCCCGCCCGUGGUGGGCAAGAGUUCGUAUACUCCACCGACGUCACCAAAGAGACGACCUUUGCCCUUGCCUACGUAUACGUCGCCCGCGCUCUCUACUUCCGUCAAGGACAAAAUCGCCGCUUCGUUAGCAUGUGCAGACGACGAAGAGGCCUAUAGUCCUGGUUCAUCUAGUAGUGGAGGCACUGUACCUCCCACGCCUGCCAAUCCUCCCGGCAAUACGCUACGAUGCAAGAUGGAGGAGCUAAACAGACAGAUUGAGGAGCAAAAACAACAAAUUAUGAAGAUGGCGCAAGCGGACUCCUCGGUUGGAGAGAAUGAGGCUUAUUCUCCGUCACGACCUAUGACUCCACCAGCUGUGCCGCUUGCCGACAUAUCUCUUCCAUCUAACCUGCAAGAGAUUCUUGCCACAAUCAAACAGAGAUCAGAGAAUGCAACUGCCGAUGUGGAUAUGCGCACUUUGCCGUUGCCUCCCUGAGUGUUUUAAUCUGAAUCUGAAUAGUAUUUUGAAUGAUCUUUCAUUAGGCACAAGUUUAUUUUAUUGUGCAAUUUAAUUACUGUGUAGAAGUAUCUUCCUGAAGCAUUUUAUUAGGCAGUAGUGGUCUUAACAAGUGACUUGGAAUAUAUUUUUACUUUGUGUACCUAUUUGAUUUAUAUAGGCUUUGCUGUUUAUAUUUAUUAAUAUAUGCAUUAUAUGAGAAACAAAUCAAAGUACUUGAUGAUACUGUCAAAUUAUGCAAGCAUAUAAUACCUAUGUGAAUUAAUGUGCAAUAGUUCAGAGUUGAAAAUAAAAUUUAUAGAUCUUCUAUUGUACUUUAAAAACGUGAAAUUCAGUUUGACUAACGAAGAUUCCCAUGUCUAUUGUACAUAAAUUAAACUUUAGAAAAAUAAAUCAUUUAAUGCACUGUACAAAAGAUAAUAUUUAGUUUACUUAAUUUUAAUAUAUUUUUCUCAUGGGAAAUAUACAAUGAAUGGGAUGGAUGAGUGAAAAAUGUGUGGUAUAAUAAAAUGAAAUAAAGACAUGUUUAUCUUA